UAUCAGGUCUCUUGGUUUAAAGAUCACAUUAACUAAGGUUUAUGUAUCUGACAAACAUUUUAAGAAUCUAGAUUUCAAGAAAAGAUGUGGAUUUAGGUGAUUGAUAGUACAGUGAGAUAAUUUUGGAACUGGUUAAAUGGAUCCAAUUACCUUGGAAGAGGACUACGCCUUUGCUCUUUUUUUUUUUUUUUUAAUCAAUAAGUUAGAUGAAAGCAUAUUAGACAUUAUACUCGUCAGAUUUGUAAAUUACAUUUAACUAGCAGUAAUAGUUAACAUAUGAGAUGACAGAUCCAAAAAUACCGCGCCACGGGUUGAACAAUGAAAACAAUCCAAUAUGAUGAAACUAAAAGAGGUAGAAAUGUAGAGACUUUAUUUUCCUUUCUUUGAAUCUUCCGGGCUUGGCAGAGUACCUGGCUCAGAGCAUCACUUAAAAAAAUGCUCUUGGUCAGUGCUUCAUAGGUUCUCCUCAAAGCCUUCCCUGCUACAAUAAAGCCGGCAGAGCUGUUUUCAUCACGGUCCCAAAGAGUCCUGAUCACUUAAGCCCCAAGACAGCCAAAACAUCUCGGAAGCUUUCAUUUCAUUUUCGGAGAGCAUUUCCCCAACUGAAAAGUCAGAUGCUCGAGUGGACUGUCAAAUCUGGAACCGCUAAGACUCCAAAGGGCACAGGAGGAUUUCGUGAUUUAGAAAGAAGAGUUAAAAGUAAUUAGGUUCUCACUUCGUUCCACUAGUCUUUUUCUUUCUUUCUCCUCUUUUUCAUCCUCUUUCCCUUACUCUCUUCUCCUCCUUACCCCUCUCUAAUUCAGUUUACUCCUCUUCUCUGCCUCUUUCUCCUCCUUUACCCCUAUUUCUGCCUCCUUUUCCACUCACUACUUCUCACUCACCACCUCCCUCCUCCUCCCUCUUUGGAGUCCCGCCAGGUAUCCCGUCGGCCCCUGGGCGGCGCAGCGUCAGCCUGCUGCUGGAGCUUCUCUAUCCGGCUCCGCACGUCUCGUUGGUGGGCAGCUGAAGAGCCGCGGGUUCGGCUCCGCACCUUCGAGGUUGCUCUCGCACCCGGGGCCGCGGACAGACAGACGGACCGACAACGCCGGAGUUAUUCGGUCGGUGGGCGCGGCCGGGAGGGCGGGCGGCUCCUAUAGGACCGUCAACUCAGAGCUGGACGGACCUGGGGUGACCUCGGUGGUCGCUCUUGGGAGGCGGAAGGAGGGCUGGGAGGUCGGUGGAGAAGUUGGAGCUGGAGGUCCCAGAGCCUCUCCCGGGGUUGGGAGGGCGGGAAAGCCCCAAGUGGCGCGGGGCAGCAUCUGAGCCUUUCCUACUUUUUCGGCUCUGCCUCUCGGAGAAGGAGGUCUAAGUGGGGUCCAGCUCGGGUCCGGGCGGGCUGGGCUCCUCAGGUCCCCGGGAGCUGUCCAGCACUUAAGGAGCUGAGCUUGAGACUGCUGGUUCCCACCACCACCACCCCUUCCAGCCUCGUGGGGGGUGGGUUCGGGGAAAACUUUCCCCUUCCCCCAUCUCCAGUUGCCUCUCAUCCCCUCAGGCUGCGGGAGAAGCUGCAGAAGUUAAUUGGCUGAGUACAAGUUCCCAUUAAACUGGGUCUCAAUUUCUUAUGGUAAAUGAUGUUCUAAUUCAUGCCCUCAUGACAUCACAUCGGCUACCAGACCCUUUUGGUGUCUGCAACCUUCACACAUAUAUAAGGAUAUGUGAGUAUGUAAACUACAAUAGACUAUAAGUUCUCUGAUGGCAUUUAAAAUACAGCAACAUUUCAAUUGUGAUGGCAACUGAGACGGAAAAGACCUUUGCUCUCCUCCAGACAUUUAGUACUCUGUCUGUUAUUUCUAGCCUUGGUUUAGGUUUAUUCUGCUUUGCAGCAGACAGACUUUUUCAGUUUUCCUCCAUUCAGCAAAAUGACUGGCUUAGAGCCCUCUCUGAUAAUGCAGUGCAUGGUAUAAUUGGAAUGUGGUCAUGGGCAAUAGUAAUUGGACUCAAGAAGAAGAGUGAUUUUGGAGAAAUAAUUUUGGCUGGCUUUCUAGCCUCUUUUAUUGAUGUGGACCACUUUUUUCUAGCUGGAUCUCUAUCUUUAAAGGCUGCUUUGAACCUACCACAUAGGCCUUUUCUCCACUGUUCUACUCUGAUACCUAUUGUGGUACUGGCACUAAAGUUGAUUAUCCACCUUUUCCAGCUCAAAGACUCAUGGUGCUUUCUUCCCUGGAUGUUAUUUAUUUCUUGGACUUCUCACCAUGUUCGGGAUGGAAUUCGUCAUGGUUUAUGGAUUUGCCCUUUUGGAAAAACUUCUCCCCUGCCAUAUUGGCUCUAUGUGACAAUUACAGCAUCUUUACCUCAUUUAAGUUCAUUCAUUAUGUAUUUAGCAAGAACCAGAGAGAUGUCUAUAAAACAUGGAAUUCAUAUCGAUGUUUAAGGGAACUAGGUGACAACUUUUGGAGAACACUGUUUAAAAGUAAUUAUUGAAUGUACUCAUCAUUGAAGUGAAUUUUUAAAUACAUGUCACUUCUGCAGCAAUUGUAGUUCUAAUAUUUAGUUUCUUUGCUUAUAGAAUUGUUUUGCAUGGUAAACAAAAUUAUUUUAAUAGGAAGAAUUUAAUGCAGUUUUAGUCAUAUAUAUAUAUAUAUACACACACACAUGUAUAUGUAUAUGCAAAAAUUGUUUCAUUUCUUCUAACUCAGAUUUUUUUUAUACCUUUAUUCAGUUUUUCUUGCUUCACCAUCAGCAUUUUGGGUUUUGAUUUUAUUUAUUAUUUAGGUCAUGAUUGUUUCCAAAAAAAGCAUUUUAAGGGGCCAUUUCCAAGCAGUCUUCCAUAUUUGUUGAGUUGAAUUGAAUUGAAGUUUUGUAGUAUUAUAUACUUUUGAGCAGCCUAUUUCCUUCUGAAAAGAAGCUCAAGGUUUAGGUUGCCCAAGUUCUAGACAGCUAACAUUAUGUUGAGCUGCUUAACUCCUGUGAAUCUUGAAGCACUGAAAUAAUUAAAGUGAAUGCAAUUCAUAUAUAAAAAUGAUUGCUAGAAUUUAUUUUGAAUUUUUAUCUAACCUGAAAAUACAACUUGUCAGGUGCUAAUAGUUAAUUUAGGACAGAGUUUAUCUAAAUGGAGUAUUGAGAGUAGUUUGGUGGUGGAAUUUAUUAUCUAAUGUUAGAACACACUUACUAUUUCAGGAAAUACAUUCCCACUAUAAUAAAGUAUUAGCUAUAAUAUAAUGCUUAUAAUAAUAUUUUAUCAAAGUGUCUUCUAUCUAGAUGUUUUGCCCAUGAAUCCCAUGCAUUGGAAUUUUAUCUGUUUUUGUUUUGUUUUGUUUUGUUUUUAAGAUACUACUACUACUAGAUAUGAAUAUGUCUACAUUAUUUACCGAAUAAUAAUUAAAUGGAUUUUUUGGUUAUGUCAGUGGAACUUCAACUGACCUUUGAUCUACAAAUAUAACCAUUAAUAAUGUAAUAUCAAAUAUAGGAUCCACAUAUAUGCCAUUAAGAUUAUUCCAAUUGCCAUCAAUUUGUUUAUAUGCUCUGUCAAAAAAAAAAUGUAUCAAAUGAUUAAAAACAAUUAAAUUGCCUACUAUUUAGAAAGAAAAGUAUAACUUUUCCCCAAAUAAGCUAAUUUAAGGAAACUUAUUUUUUGUUAUAUUCCUUUAAAUCAAUGGCUAUUAAAAUGGCCAAGUUUAGAGGGAAAAUGAACAAUUAUAACUCUUGGAUUUACAUACAGUUUAAAGCUACCUUCCUGAAGUCAGCAUAUUCAGGGUCACAUGAUGUAUUUUACUGCACACAAAAUCCAUUGUCUUCAUAUGUUAUUUGUAUUUUCUUACGGAUGUGAACUAUGAUGCCAAUAAUGAUGUGUGCCUUAAUCUGUGAGAAAUGAUGAAUGAUUCAUGAAGCCUACUUGAGAAAAAGAUUUUUUUUUUUACAUCAGACUGAAUUGAUAUUCAGUAAAUUGUUAUUAAGUUCUAUGCAGGCUCUGAUGAAUUCAUUCAAGUCCAUCAAUAAAAAAGGACACUCUUUAUUCUCUUUUUGUUUCCAAAUAGGAAAAAUAACCUAUUUUUUAAAAUUAAUUAAUCAAAGAAGUAUGAGUUUUUUGUUUACUUUCUUUUUAAUCAAGUUUUAAAAUGCUUCGUAAUUUUUUUUUCUUCAAACCAGGUUGGAAUUUAAUCAAAAUACAGGAUGUCAUUAAAGAAUAUUACAUUGGCAUUUGUUUCUUUCUUAUUUUUUAAAUUAGUUGGGCGGAGGGGAAUAACUUAAAUAUAGCAUAUAUUUAAAUGAUUUAAUUUUACUAAUUAAAAGCAGAUUGGGGUUGAUUUCUCUUUCCAACAUAGUCUCUUCCUUUAAUCAUUCUGGAAGCUGUAAUUGUGACCUCUUGCAGGUUAGACAUAGAGCAACUGUUUUUCUAUAUUUCUUAAACUCCCCUCCUUGAAUGCUACUUUGAAUUCCAUUAUGUAGCUAUAUUAGAUCCAGUGAUCCAUUUUGUGCCAUAACAAUAUUCCAUUUAAAGAGCUGGGGUUGUGCUUUGUCUGCCUGAAUGUGUAUUUAUUACUUUUAAAUAUUCUCAGGUAAUAACUUUGUUCUUAUAGUGUCCUCCUUUUAUUACUAAGAUAAACUGGACCUCUUUUCACCUAUUGCUUUCCUUAUCCAUGUUACUCAUUUUUGCCACUCACAAAGAAAAUCCUACUUUGAUUUGAGUUCCUGCCUCUGAAUAGGGACUAUUUUAUUUCUUCUUAGAUUUUUCCCCUUUCCACUGUUUUUUCUUUUGUUCCUGACUCAGGAUCUAUUCCUAUAAGAGAGAGCAUAGGAGUAUUGCUCCCUAAUAGAAUUUUCCCUUUGUCCUUGAUUGAGCAGUUCAUCAUUACCUCCUGCCUUUUCCAUGAUAAUUUCUCCCCUAUUUGUCAUGAAAUCUCUCUGGAUUUGUGCUCCCUCAUUCUUCUGGAUAUCAGUUGCACGUAGAAGCUCUAAUUCCCCUACUCCGGAGAGAGGAUAACCAAGGAGAUACAACUAUCUCACAAUAAUAGGUAAUAGGUAAGCACUAAUUCCCUUACUGUCAGGUCUCCAUCUUCUAUUAAAAAAAUGUGCUUGAUGAUGAUCAAUUCUGAUGGACCUGGCCAUCUUCAGCAAUGAGAUGAACCAAAUCAAUUCCAAUGGAGCAAUAAUGAACUGAACCAGCUACACCCAGUGAAAGAACUCUGGGAGAUGACUAAGAACCAUUACAUUGAAUUCCCAAUCCCUAUAUUUUUGCCUGCCUGCAUUUUUUAUUUCCUUCACAAGCUAAUUGUACAAUAUUUCAGAGUCUGAUUCUUUUUGUACAGCAAAAUAACAGUUUGAUCAUUUAUACUUAAUUUGUAUUUAAUUUGUACUUAAUUUGUAAUUUAACAUAUUUAACAUGUAUUGGUCAUGCUGCCAUCUAGGGGAGGGAGUGGGGGGAAGGAGGAGAAAAAUUGGAACAAGAGGUUUGGCAAUUGUCAAUGCUGUAAAAUUAUCCAUGCAUAUAACUUGUAAAUAAAAAGCUAUUUUUUUUAAAAAAAGGUAA